AUGAUUCAAGAGGCAUAUGAAAAAGCCGCGGGAAGCCCAUUUUGGAUUCAAGCUCCUGAGAAUCGGUAUCUCGUAGUCUCGUCAUGGGACCACAUCAAGGAAAUUGAUGCUGCCUCAGAGGACGUGCUCUCCCUUCAGGCCGCCGCCAAAGAGAUCUUGCAGCCACGAUAUACGAUGCAAAACUUUAAUUGGUUUGACAAGAAAGGAGCGGACGGAAUGCCGCUUAUCAGAACGCUCAGAACUCUUCUCACGAAUCACCUCCCCGACAUCUUGCCAGAUAUUCGCCGGUCCAUGUCCGUUCUCCUUGAUCGCGCACAAGAUUCACAGCCGAUUGUAAACGGAUCUUACACCUCGCCAGUAUUUCCAAUCAUAAUUGAAGCAAUCUCUCUCACGAACGCAGCCGCCUUCUUUGGGAGCGAGAUCAGUCACGAUAAAAAAUUUAUGGCCGCGGCGAUUGGCUUCAUUGAACAAACACUUUUGGCUGCAGAAGCCAUACGCGUGCUCCCCAAAGCCAUCGCACCGUUAAUUGGCAACAUGAUAGCAAAGAAUCUCGGUUCUGGUAAGGCCAUAUACGAUGCAUUGAUACCUAUUGCCGAGGAACGACUAGAAGAGAGAGCGCAAAAGAAACUUGGACAUGGUGUGCCCGAACACCAUGACUGCAUACAAUGGGUCAUGGAAUGUUCGCCGCGAUCAAGCCCAUGGUCUGCGGAGAGGAUAGUCCAUGAGCUCAUGGCACUUUGGUUCGGCUCAGUGCAUAUCACGUCCACGACCGCUUGUAUUGCUCUACAUCAUCUAUGUCUUCACUCGGAAUAUAUUGAACCUCUAAGAAACGAAAUUGAGAGUACUGGAUGGGCCCAGUUCGAACAAUCAGGCGGCAAAGCCUUCCCUCUGCUGGACAGCUUCAUGAAAGAAUCCGCCCGGAUCAAUCCUGUAGAAUCAGUGAGCUCUCGUCGCAUGGCUCUGAAACCGUUUGAGUUGUCCGACGGCACUAGAGUCGAGGCGGGCGAAUGGAUCUGCGCUGCUGCUCGAGGCAUGAUGUUGGAUGCUCGCUAUUACACGGCUCCGCAUGAGUUUCAAGGCUUUCGAUUCGUCGAUCCCAGCAUCCUAAAGACUCAGCUUGCAGACGAUAUUGUUUCACAAGUGCAAGGGACGCCAUCCAACUUUACAGACAUUGGUGACUGGCAGCUAUGGGGCACGGGACGUUCUGCAUGCCCUGGCCGAUUCUAUGCGACCGCAGUCAUGAAGACGCUCCUUGCGUUGUUCAUUACCAAGUACGAUAUGCAGCUUGAAGAGAAGGCCGCGGGCCGAUACUUUGCUUGGCGCACUUUCAUCUACCCGUAUGCAAGUACCAAAGUGCUUCUCCGCCCUCGUGCUGCUCUAUAG